AUGAACAUCUCACAUUUGGGUCUGCACGGUACACCGCAAACCUAUUACGAAGUCCUCGACAUCUCCCCAGCACUCCUGUCAGACCAAGCUCAUCAACCAGCCCAACUCGUCAAGCGGGCCUACCAUCGCGCCCUUCUACGCCACCACCCAGACAAGGCCAAGUCAGAAACAGCAAAUCGAACGCCGCCAUCGGCACACCUUACCGGCAGUAACAGCCGCGGCAGCCCGGAAUUCACAAUCGACCAGAUCACAGUCGCCUACAAGACGCUCUCGGACCCGAAAUCCCGCGCUGCUUACGACCUCUCGUUAUAUGCCGCCUCCGCUUCCGCAAGGGCUCAUGGACCGUUCGGCCACGAAGGGCGACAUCACCAGGGCGGGGCGGGGGUCACGUCCUUCCAAACGGGUGUUGAGAACGUCGACCUCGACGACUUGCCCUUCGACGAGGCGCAGGAUUGCUGGUACCGUGGCUGCCGGUGUGGUAACGAUCGUGGUUUCGUCUUCGCCGAGACAGACCUCGAGGACGCAGGCGCGGCGGGCGAGCUGCUCGUCGGGUGUCGGGACUGCAGUUUAUGGAUGAAGGUCCAUUUUGCCAUUAUGGAUGAAUGA